AUUCCAGCACAUCAGGUUUCGAGAUAUUUUCGUACUAGUCCAGUAACACUUGAGCGUGAAAUAAGAAUGGUAGGUAGAAGGAAUUGCUGUAGACUUGACACGCAAGGUGCGACUUGCUUUCGCCAUGGCGCCAUUACCUCCAGAUAACCAGCCACUUUCUCCGCGGCUCGGGUUUAUUUCCGCCCAGCCCGAUGCCACCCAAUUUUGACCUAAGUUGAACGUUGAUUCAAGCUGUAGGAUUUGACUCAACUUGACUCAGUUUGACUCAAUUUGAUUAGAUUGAUCGGAAUUAUAGUGUCUUUCUGAGGCGCCUAAGAUAUACACUGGGAUUACAGUCCAAACAGCAAUGCCGGCCAAUAGCCCACCGCCAGAAUCCGAGCCGCGACCCUUCCCCGACCCCUACCACAUAGUCGACGCGCUUCGAGCGCUCGAGUCGCGAUGGGUUCCCGAGAACCGCUCUUUAGUGUCCUCCCUCGCCAAUGUGGGCCCCACUUGCCUCUCCCUCCUCCACUCCUUCGGCUCUCUCCGCGUCUUCGCCUGGCUUCGCCCGGUAAUCGCGCCGCUUUUGGCGGGCGCGUGCGUGAUGAUCGUCGCGCUCGCGUCGCUGCUGGCUUUAAGAGGCGGCGGUGGUCUUAAUCGCGACGCGAUAGGAGGCAGUGGGGGUAUCAGUCGCCGUGGUGGAGCGAUUGGGAAUGGCGGCGUGAUUGGCGGCGUGAAUCGCGGCGGGAAUGGCGGUGCGGGAGGAGGGGAGGAGUUUAAAGUGGAUAUGUGGGUGGAGCGAGAGAUGCUACGACAUGCCGAGGCUGUGUACCAGGACAACAUGCGCCGUAGAUCGGAGUUCUUUGGCGGGCGAUCGCAGCCGUUGGAUCUGGACAUGCGGCAGGAGGUAGAGAGCGUGCUGGUGGCGGCGUACCCCUGCCCCAUGGAGGAACGCCUGGGGAUAUGGGCGGAUGGGGGGAAGUGGAUUUGCAACAUGCGGACAUUCAUUCCGGAACAACCAAUCAUCUACAGCAUAGGUUCCAAUGGGGAGUACACCUUUGAGCAAGACAUUUCUGCUCGCCUGCACUCCCGCCCGUUCACCUUCGACCCGUUUUUGGAUCCGGUUCUCGAGCAGACCAUGCUGCGCCUGCCCUUCCUGUCGUUCGAGGCCGUUGGAUUGGCAGCGAAAUCAACGCUGGAGAAGUGGAAGGAGGAGACCAAGGGGAAGGCGUUUAUGACCCUGGAUCAGGUGAUGACAAAGCACAACCACACGCAUAUCGACAUCCUCAAGAUCGACUGCGAGGGCUGUGAGGCCGUGGUGCUCUUUGACAUCCUGCCCGCUGCUGAUGUGGCGGAGGGCACCCGCCCCUUGCCCCUAGGGACUCCUCCCAUCGGCCAGAUGAUUAUCGAGUUUCAUGAUGUGGGCAACCCCAGCAAGACGCUCUUCCUGGUGUACCAUCUGGAGAAGAUGGGGUAUCGCAUAUUCCACGUGGAGCAGAACGCACAGCACCCAGAGUGCUGCACAGAAAUCUCAUUUAUCCACGAAAGCCUGAUCUACCCUAUAUGAUCCUAGUGCCGUACUAUGAAGAUGAUCUCUCCCCAUAUUCCACGUGGAGCAGAACGCAUAGCACCCAGAGUGCUGCACCGAGAUCUCCUUCAUCCAUGAAAGCCUGGUCUACCCGAGAUGAUGUCAAUUACCAUACCAAAUACUGUAUUCUGUGUUUCAGCAAGAUUAAAACCGCAAGCUAAAGUGGCACACCUCUCCCCUCAUCAUAUUCCAUGUGGAGCAGAACGCGCAGCCCCCAGAGUGCUGCACUGACAUCCCAUUCAUCAACGAACGCCUGGAGUUCCCUAGAUAACAUGCCACAGUACCGUAUGGUCAUUUUUCUGCUC